AUGAGCUCCCCGGUUGUGAUGGGUCCUGUCAACGGACACAUGUCGCCGGACGAUGCCAUCACCCCCCCAGUUGACGUCGAGGUCGGCCAGAGCGAUACCGAUAUCUCCAAUGCCCGGGAAAGCCCAAUGGACCGCUCAUCGCCGUCGACCUCGGAAGCCCAACCCCAAGAAACGCCAAACCACGUCGACCAAGAUGGGGCGUCGUCGGAUGAUGAUGGAUCUAGGCCAGACAAUGCUUCCGAUGAUGGUGACUUUGACAUGCAGGAGAGCGUGGCUACCCCCCAUGGUGACGCUGAGGUAGACCGCGAGAGCUCGCCAGCCUCCAGUCGCCCUCCAAAACGUAAAGCAGCGGUAGCCGAAGAAGACUAUAUGCGGGAAAACCCAGAGCUCUAUGGGCUCCGAAGAAGCACACGCGCUAGAGAGACGAAAAAAUUGGUGGAUUCUGAUAACUCCGACUCGGAAGAUGAUGAGCCUGUGAAUCGACGCCAAGCAAAGAGACGGCGCGUCAACACAUCUCAGACUUCGUCCAAGAGAGGCACACCUAUUUUACAACCCUCUAACGAGUCCGAUUCUGAUUCCGACACGUACGGCGGAGCUCGAGCAAAGAGCCAGCUAAAAAAGGCGAGACUGCAGAGAGAGUCGCAACCUGCCGUUGCGCUUGCCGAGAAAAGAUGGUCUAGCCGCAGGGCUGCUCAGCAGGUCCAGCAGGGCAUGUAUGAGGAAAGCGACUUUGAAUACGAUGAAGACGAGGCGGACGUCGCAUCAGCAUAUUAUGUUGCCGACUACGUUGACGAUUCACCAUAUGUCGAAAAGGUGGUGCGUCACCGCCUCAAAGACGGGCUCGAUCUGCAGUAUGACUCCAGCCGUCACGACUUUGAAUAUUUCAUCAAGUGGCAGGGAAAGUCUCAUUUGCAUGACACUUGGGAAUCCAUUGAGUCGUUGCGUAACAUGCGUGGUUUUCGCAAGGUUGAAAACUAUUUCCGAAAAGUUGUCGAACAGGAGCUCGACAUACGAUUUGGAGAUGACAUCCCUCCCGAGACAAAGGAGCAGUUUUUCCUUGACAGGGAACGAGAUGAGGAUGCCUUCGAGGACUACACCAAAGUUGAGCGAGUGGUCAAUGUUCGCGACGGGGAAGAUGACCCCGAGUACUACAUCAAGUGGAAGGGCCUCACAUACGAGGAGUGUACUUGGGAACUGGCAUCAGAAAUCAGCCCCGAAUUUCAAGACAAAAUUGAUCAGUACCUUGAUCGAUCAUCGCGGUCAUGGCAAUCUGAUCGACGCGAAACGAAUCCAGAUACCCGAGGCAGGAUGAUCAAGUUGGACAGCCAGCCGUCCUAUAUUCAAGGUGGUGAGCUCCGCUCAUUUCAGCUGAAGGGCCUCAACUUUUUGUGCCUCAACUGGACAAGAGGUAACAAUGUCAUUUUGGCUGAUGAAAUGGGCCUCGGCAAGACUGUACAGACUGUUUCAUUUCUCAGUUGGCUUCGAAAUGAUCGUCAACAAGAGGGCCCGUCACUUGUUGUGGCCCCUCUCAGUGUUAUUCCCGCCUGGUGUGAUACAUUUAAUCACUGGGCUCCCGACAUCAAUUAUGUCGUUUACCUCGGCCCUGAAGACGCCCGCAACAUCAUACGUGAGAAUGAGCUGCUCGUUGAUGGUAAUUCGAAGAAACCAAAAUUCAAUGUUCUUGUCACAUCAUAUGAAUUUAUCCUGCAAGACUGGCAGUUUCUACAGACCAUCAAGUGGCAGACGCUUGCCGUUGAUGAGGCUCAUCGUUUGAAAAAUCGAGAAUCACAGCUAUAUGCGAGACUUGUAGGUUUCGGGGUUCCUUGCAAGAUUCUCAUCACCGGCACACCGAUCCAGAACAACUUGGCGGAGUUGUCGGCCUUGUUGGAUUUCUUGAAUCCCGGAAAGGUCAAUAUCGACGAAGAUCUGGACUCCUUGUCCGCAGUUGACGCCCAAGAGAAGCUGGAGGAACUGCACAAAUCAAUUGCGCCGUAUAUUCUGCGACGAACAAAAGAAACGGUAGAGUCUGAUUUGCCGCCAAAGACGGAAAAGAUUAUCCGUGUCGAAUUGUCUGAUGUCCAGCUGGAGUACUACAAAAACAUCUUGACGAGAAAUUAUUCUGCCUUGUGCGAUGCCACUGGUGGCCACAAAAACUCACUGCUGAACAUUAUGAUGGAGCUCAAGAAGAUCAGCAACCACCCUUAUAUGUUCCCCGGGGCCGAAGAACGUGUCUUGGCCGGUAGUGUCCGUCGCGAGGACCAGAUCAAAGGCCUGAUUACCAGCAGUGGAAAGAUGAUGCUCCUCGAUCAGCUUCUGUCAAAGCUGAAGAAGGAUGGCCACCGAGUUCUCAUUUUCAGUCAAAUGGUCAAAAUGCUUGAUAUCCUGGGCGAUUAUCUGUCCUUGCGAGGCUACAAAUUCCAGCGACUUGACGGUACCAUUGCUGCUGGUCCACGUCGCAUGGCCAUCAAUCAUUUCAAUGCCGAUGACAGUGAUGAUUUCUGCUUCUUGUUGUCGACUCGUGCCGGUGGGCUGGGGAUCAAUCUUAUGACUGCUGACACCGUCAUUAUAUUUGACUCUGAUUGGAACCCCCAGGCUGAUUUGCAAGCCAUGGCUCGAGCUCAUCGUAUCGGCCAGAAACGACCUGUCAACAUCUACCGGCUCGUUUCCAAAGAGACGGUAGAGGAGGAAGUGCUGGAACGCGCUAGGAAUAAACUUUUGCUGGAAUACUUGACCAUCCAGGCAGGCGUCACUGACGACGGCAAAGCAGCAUUCAAGGAGAAGUUGAAUAAGAAGGGACUCAAGACUGACGGCCCUUCAUCAUCUGAAGAUAUCCAAAUGGUUUUGAAGAUGAGGUCCUCAAAGAUGUUCGAACAAAGUGGCAACCAAGAACGCCUCGAGCAACUCGACAUCGACUCGAUCCUAGAAAAUGCAGAAGUUACCAAGACCAAAGUUGACGACAAGAUGAACCUCAGCAGCGGUGGCAUUGACUGGGACAACUUCAUGCAAAUCACCGACGUGAAAGUGGAUGAAAUCAACUUGGACUGGGAUCAGAUCAUCCCUGCUGAUAAACUGGCAGAGAUCAAAGCGGACGAGGAGAAACGCCAGAACGACGAAUAUGUUGCCAAGUUGGCAGAGGAAAACGCACCUCGCAGAGCUACAAUUAAGAACCGCAACAAGGAAAACGAUCGUGCCGAUCGCCUCAAGAAGCGCCAGCGCGAGCAACAGCAAGAGGAGGAAGAACAGCGAGCUCUCUUGGCAGACCCCAAGCGACCAUUGACCGACAAGGAGCAGCGAAAUCUUAUCAAAGCGUACUUUCGGUUCGGAUCCAUGGAUUAUCGCAAGGCCGAUAUUAUCCAGGAAGCCAAACUCGUGGAGAGAGAUCAUGAAUUUGUCAAGUCUGUGCUAGACGACUUCAUUAAAGCCGCUCAACAAGCUGUGGAUGACAACGUCUUGAAGCUUGUGGAAGAAGAGAAGAAGACGGGAAAGAGUCUGACAAAGAAGGACCGGAAAGCUGUUCUGAUUGACUUUGGCGAAUUGAAAAAGGUCAAUGCUGAGACUGCAAUUGAGCGGCCCAAGCAACUGCAGCUUCUGCGAAAGGCGAUCCGCAGCCAGUCAGACUGGAAAGCCUAUCGUCUUCCAGAUGCCACCAAAGGUGCCAACUACACAUGUUCGUGGGGGGCCAAAGAGGACGCCAUGCUUCUAGUUGGUAUUGAUAGACACGGAUUUGGAGCGUGGGUGCAAAUCCGGGACGAUCCUGAACUGGACAUGCAGGACAAACUGUUCUUGGAGGAACAUAGAGUAGGCAAGAAGGAGGAGCGAAACAAGGCAAACGACAAGCUCAAGGCACCUGGUGCAGUGCACCUCGUUCGUCGAUCUGAAUAUCUGCUCUCUGUUCUUCAAUCCAAGUACUCUGGCGAUCGGGCGGCACAGCGAAUCGUGGAAAAUCACCACCGGAACAACAAGAAGAAUAGCGUGCCCAACGGCCAUCGUGGAAGUGGAACUUCCUCACCCGCUCCUCAUGCUGUUAGGAAGCAUCGUGACCGAGACCGCGAUGAUCAGCGGGCUCGAAGCAAUACGGAUGAUCGCGGUUCAGCUAAACCAGAUUUCAAGCGGAAGCACGGAUCAUAUGAGGAUGAUCGCAGCCCGAAACACCAAGAUGGGCGUCGGCUAAGCAAACACGGCGUUGACCGUGACCGUGAUCGUGAUAGACCCGAUCACCAUCGUCAUUAUCGAGAGGAUGAUGAUCGACGCCAUGACAAACAUCGACAUCGACAUGACGAUGAACGACGCCGUGAUGAACGACGUCGGGAAGACGAUAGAUAUCGUGAUCGCGAGCGCGAGCGAGACAGAGAGAGAGACAGAGACCAUCACCGGGACUACCACAGGGAAAAGGACAGAGAGCAGGCCCGAGACUCCUACAGAGAUAGAGACAGGGACCGCGAUCGUGACCACUAUUCACGCCCUCAAGAUGAGCGAAGAACCAAAGCUCUGCGCCGUUUAGACGAGCUCCGCCGCAUCGGCGACAACAAGGACGAGCGCAACAGGGACAACGACGCCAUGAUUUGGUACCUCCUGAAGCCCGUACGCGAAAAUUUUGAACGGAUCUUGUCUACGACCAAAGACAAUGUAAAGUCGAGCAAAGAGCGUGCGGCAAUUUUCGGAGUAGAGCUAGUUGCUAUAGGCACAUUUCUAGACGAAAAGCUCCCCGUCACGGCAGCGGAUGAAAGCCUCAAGAACAAUUUUUGGGAUUUUCUGGCUGCGCUCUGGCCGGUCGACGAUACUAGCAAGAGCGUCACAGGCAAACGAUUGAGCAACAUGUAUCGUACACUUCAUGCCCGCAAUAAAGAUUCAGGAUCCAGCUCUACACGGAUGAAUGGAGCAGAGAGGAUGCGCAAAGACGAGCCGAGCUCAGACGUAUGA